CUUCCUCAUAUAGGAACAAGAAUAAGCAGCACAACUCACUCCCUCUCACUCACUGCACAAGACGGAACUGCUCACGGCACAGAGACGGGAACUCAGCUUUCCUAGAGCAAGGAAUCCACUGCUACAUGACUGGAACUGAGAUGAAUAAUGUCAUUCUCAUUUUUGUUGUUUUGCUAUGUUUUCUCCAACAAGGAAAUGCAAGCAAGAAAUUACCUGGAGUUGAGCAAUAUGAAAUAGUUUAUCCUCGGAAACUGCACACAGUCCAUAAAAGAGAUGUAGAAAGAAGCAAAGAAGAGACAAAAUACGAUGAUACAUUGGAGUAUGGAAUCAAAGCCAACGGAGAGGAAGUCAUAUUGCACCUACAGAAAAAUAAGCAUCUGUUAGCUGGGGACUAUACUGAAACAGUUUAUUCAGACGACGGUCAGCAGAUAACCACGAGUCCCCAGAUCAAGGAUCACUGUUACUAUGAAGGUUACAUUCAGGAUGAGGCUGACUCAACAGCAAGCAUCAGUGCCUGUAAAGGUUUAAGUGGGUAUUUUGAGACCCGUGGGCAGAAGUACCUGAUUGAACCCUUGGGAACGUCGGAUAGAGACAAGCAUGCAGUCUAUGAGUUUGUGGAAGACAAGUCCAUCAAAACCUGUGGAGUAGUCAAUAGCAGCUGGGAAGUGAAUGCAAGUGACCCCAUCAAUAACAUCUUCAAAUCCAGCAAUAGCCCAGAAAUGAAGGCGUACCUGAAGGCAAAGAAAUAUCUGGAAGUUUAUGUAGUUGCAGACAACAUUAUGUAUAAGAAGUACAACAAAGAUGUUGAUACUGUGAGACAAAGGAUAUUUGGAAUAGUCAAUUUCAUCAACACGGUUUAUAAGGCCAUCAAUAUUUACGUGGCUCUAAUUGGCCUAGAAAUCUGGACAGACAAUGAUAAAUGCUCCCUGAGUCCAAUAGCAGGAUCAACUCUGGACAGCUUCUCAAAGUGGAGGAACUCAGAUUUAUUAAAGAGAAAAAGAAAUGACAAUGCUCAGCUAAUUACAGGCCAUGACUUGGAGGGGACAACGAUUGGAUUAGCUUUUAUAAAAUCCAUUUGCAGUGAUGUAUAUUCUGCAGGUAUUAUCCAGGAUCAUAGCAGAAAUGAGAUUGCAGUUGGAGCUACCAUGGCACACGAGAUGGGACACAAUCUUGGCAUGAGUCACGACACCAAAGACUGCACGUGUCAUUCUCGAGUCUGUGUCAUGACAGAUACUGUUAGGUAAGAGUCUGAGAAAGAGGAUGA